AUGGCAGAAAAAAGACAUGAGAGUGAGACAGCUUUUCUCCAGCAGCAGAUUAAAGCGGAACUAGAGGACCACCCAGUUAGCACAUGGAAAAUAUUCAAAAAUGUGAAAAGUUUACAACGACGACGACAACGACGACAACAACAACGACGACAACAACAACGACGACAACGACAGACAACGGACCAGGUACCUACACUAAUCAAUCUUAAAUAUCAACAGCAAGGAAGAAGACAGAAACACCUUAAGUUUGACAUAAAUUGUACAAAUUCAAAUAUUUUUCAUGCUCAUCAUUUUGCUUGGAUUGGCUGCUUUACUUAGCCUUUUGAAGAGUGAUCUUUGCUGAAAUAGCCUAGAAGCAAUA